AUGACUGCUCCAACUGCUUCUUCUAAUGAUAAGCCUUUUGGCAUCUCCCAAUUCUGGGCAUGCGUCCCUAUUGUGCUUGACAUGGAGAAACUGAAUUAUGACAAGUGGCGUGAGCACUUCGAGACUCACUACUUGUGUUAUGGUGUCCUCGACCAUCUCAAUGGUUCCUCUCGACCAUCAUCUACCACCGAGACUACAUGGAAAGAACGUAAUGGGCUGGUGAAGAUGUGGAUCUACGGUACCAUCUCGAAAUUGAUUCUUGACACGGUUCUCAAAGCAAAAUGCUCUGCUCGUGAUUUGUGGCUUACCAUCGAGGCUCUCUUUUGUGACAACAAAGAAGCUCGAGCUCUCCAGUUCAAAAAUGAGCUGCGCACGAUCACGAUUGGAGACCGAAGUGUUCAUGAAUAUUGCAAGAAAUUGAAGAACCUCUCUGAUCUCUUUCCGAAUAUCGACUCCCCGGUGACCGAUCGUGGACUUGUGCUCCAUCUUCUCAACGGCUUGACGGAUAAGUUCGACAGCAUCAUCAACGUGAUAAAACAUCGUGAGCAUUUUCCCACAUUCUUGGUUGCUCGUUCGAUGCUCAUUAGGGAAGAGGAACGUCUUUCCAAGCAACACCGUGUCACCCCUACCACAUCUCAUCAUUCGUCCUCCCCUGACGUACUCUUCACGUCAUCGGAUCAUCACCCUCGUCAUCAACAAUAA